AUGGAGAUGAGGCCUGUCAACGGGCACGGUUCGCCCGGCUCGGGCUACAUGGGCUUCACGAGCCAUGCCACCGUCUUCGAACAGACGAAGCGAAAGCUCAGCCUGCUUCAGGGCCAGGGGCUGGAACCUCGUCUGUCGCGAUCCCUUCCUGAUGAUCGAGCCGUUCCCUGGCUCUCUUUCGACCAGCUUCCCCAUCUGGUGCGCCACAUGAGCAUCUAUGUCCUGGAAGCUCUGCCGGGCCAGCGUAACGAGCAGAUCGUCUUCAACCAUGAGGAUAGCCAGGGAAAGGGCUGGAGGCAAGUCGCUGUGGCUCGCAUCACCCGGUCGGUGCAAGAGCUGCUGAAGAAGAACCCCGACGGGACGGGGCCUGACCUGGAGCGAAUCGCCGAGAUGAUAUGUCACAACUCGGCUCAGCCCUUUCGGGAUAUCGACGACCCGCAUCGGUGGAUGGAUCAGUACUGCGAUAGUAGCAGUCUCAGAUGGGAGUCGAUCGGGUGGAUAUGGGCAGGCUUGGAGCGUCUCGGGGACAUUGUGAGCUCAUUGCGGCCUUCUCACAUCCAGUGGCUUCCCGGCAAGGGAUCCCACGAUGCGUCCAGAACGUACAUGACAUAUUGUCUUGAUUUGGCGCGACACUUUUGCGAGGGCAACCCCGUGUUGUUGGACCUUCAUCGAUGUCGGACGACUCUGCUGUCUAUAUUGGACGGCGAUGCUGCUGGAUCGUGCUGGUAUUCUCACGGCGGGGGCGUGUCCAUGAUGACAUUCAUGGGACUACAUGCCCUGGAAAAGGAGAUUCCAUAUACGCCCACGCUGUGUUCCGAGAACAGCAGGCGAGUCGUAGCCCAAAUCUUCAACACCGACAAGUGGUGUGUCGCAUUCUCGGGGCGACCUCCUCUCAUCCAUCGCCGAUUCUGCACGACACCUCUGCCCCUGGAUCUUUCAGAUGAAGACCUCGUAGCGGAUGAAGCAACACUGCGCAAGGUUGUUUCAGAACUGGACGACCAAGGCUGGAACACAAAAGGUCACAUUUAUCCGGCUACGCUCAUACGAGCCCGGCGUUUGCUGGCAGGCACCCUGGAAGAGGUCAUGGAAAUUGCAUUGAGCUGUGCCGUUUGUGUCACUCUGGAUGAACUGCGUAACAUUCAGACCCGAGAAUUGGAAACGUAUGCGGCACUGCCCGCGCAUCUUCAACAGGGCCCCCAUCUCCUGCUAGAUCCCGAGCUGGACACCGAGUUGGUCUACGCGAGGAUACUGAUGCGGCUGGCUCAUCUGCAGACCAUGUUCUUAUUGGAAAGGCUACUGCUGCUCAACGGUAGCCUGGACGAGGGCAACUUACUGCUCUUCAGCUUCGAGAUGCUCACCCUCACUCUUGCCCUGUGGACGCAUAAAGACCGUUUUGCCGAAAUGCGGCGCAACUUUGAAUGGCUUCUCAUGGCCCACGCAGCCCCGGCAGGCGGCAUCCUCUGCCUCGAGCUGCUCAACCCGACAUUCGCCGGCAAGCACCCCAGCGACGCCCGCAUCACCCGCUCCAGCAUUAUCCAGAACCUCAGCCUCCUCGUCGGCUUCCUCGACUGGGUGCGUCCGUCGGCGCCAAACGGGGAUCUGUGCAUGGACUGCAAGGUCAUUAUCCAGCGGGUGCUGGAUCACACGCUCAACGGCAGCGCGGAUGGGAACAGUCCGCGGGCGGCGCUGGCGUUUGAUUUCCCGGAGCCGUUGGAUUUUAAUUUUGAGCUGUUGGAUACGUUUGACUGGCUGCAUACAGAUGUUUAA